AUGGGUUCAGUAUUCCUUCCCAAUUUACGUACAGGUUGGCACGUCGACCAAGCAAUCCUCUCCGAAGACGAUCGAGUCGUAGUCCUCCGUUUCGGCCGAGAAGAAGAGACUCCGUGCAUGAUAGUUGAUGAAUUACUCUACUCCAUCGCCGACAAGAUUAAAAAUUUUGCAGUCAUUUACCUAGUCAAUCUUGAUAAAGUGCCUGAUUUUAACAUUAUGUAUGAAUUGGAUCAAAAUAAACUCGAGCCGUAUACAUUGAUGUUUUUUUAUCGAAAUAAACAUAUCUUGUGUGAUUUUGGCACGGGCAAUAAUAAUAAAUUGAAUUUCCCCAUUUAUGAUAAACAAGAAUUGAUUGAUAUUAUUGAAACGAUUUAUCGUGGCGCAAGAAAAGGUAAAGGGUUGGUGAUAAGUCCCAAAGAUUAUAGUCGAGCAGCCAAGAAUAUAUAA